CCCUCGGUCUCAGAGUCGGCAUUAGAAAGAUUUUGCGGCCCGGUCCUUUUGAGGUGAAUCAGCCGUGACCGACUCCUGCUGACACUGAGGGGCUGGACACCCAGCAGCGGCAGAGGGGCCGUUGAGCCGCAGGACUGGCAAAACUAAUUUGAAAUGGAUGGACAGGCUGACAGAGAACAGGGAAGGGCGGAAAACAAAUGUGGAUUUAAGAUGGAUUAAGAAUUUCCACCAUUAGUGUUUGAUUCUCUGUGCUCAUGUGCUCCUCUCUUACAACAGGUGUUUCCUGAGGACCUGAUUGAAGACUGAGUGUGGUUGUAGCCAUGCUGACGUCAGGGUGGGGGGUGUGGGCCCUCUCCCCCUGUGGCCUUGUGCUGCUGAUCUGCUCGUCCGUCUGUCUGUCCCAGCAGCCUCACAUCAAACUCGCAGACUGCAGCAGAAAGGAGCAUCCUGUUGUCUCCUACCAAAUGUUGACGCCGUGGAUGUCGGAGUUCUCCCAUCCAGGAGUGAAGGAUUUCUCCCAGCUGGCUCUGGACCUGAGCAGAAACCAGCUCAUUGUGGGAGCAAGAAACUUUAUCUUCAAGCUGAGUUUGAGCAACGCCUCCCUCAUACAGGCGACAGAAUGGGCACCCAGUGACGAUACAAAGCGCUCAUGUCAGAGCAAGGGCAAAUCUGAGGAGGAAUGUCAGAACUACCUCCGGGUUCUGUUGAUCAGUGGGAGGACGCUGUUCACGUGUGGGACCAACGCUUUUGCCCCCGUGUGUAUGAGCAGGCAGAUUGACAACAUCAGUGAGGUGUUGGACACGGUGAACGGUGUUGCCCGAUGUCCCUACGACCCGCGCCACAACUCCACCGCCAUGGUAACGGAGAAGGGCGAGCUGUACGCCGCUACAGUGAUCGACUUCUCGGGACGUGACCCAGUCAUCUACAGGAGCCUGGGGAACAUGCCGCCGCUGCGCAGCGCCCAGUACAACUCCAAGUGGCUCAACGAGCCUCAUUUUGUGUCCGUUUAUGAGAUCGGUCGCUUUGCCUACUUCUUCCUGAGAGAAACGGCAGUGGAAAACGACUGUGGCAAGAUGGUGUUCUCUCGCGUGGCGCGGGUCUGCAAGAACGACAUGGGCGGUCGUUUCCUGUUGGAGGACACCUGGACGACCUUCAUGAAGGCCCGACUCAACUGCUCGCGCUCAGGAGAAAUUCCCUUUUACUACCACGAGCUGCAGAGCACCUUUUACUUACCAGAGCAGGACCUGAUCUACGGCAUCUUCACCACUAAUGUGAACAGCAUAUCAGCUUCAGCCGUCUGUGCCUUCAAUCUCAGCGCCAUCACUCUCGCGUUCAACGGACCUUUCCGCUACCAGGAGAACCCCCGCACUGCCUGGCUCUCUACCCCAAACCCCAUACCCAAUUUUCAGUGUGGCACUCUGGAGGAGGGAGGCCCCGGGGGGAACCUGACGGAGCGCAACCUCCAGGACGCCCAGCGACUCUUCCUGAUGAACGACGUGGUGCAGCCGAUCACCAUCAACCCGCUGCUCACCCAGGACAACCUGCGCUUCUCCAAGCUGGUAGUGGACAUCGUGCAGGGCCGAGACACGCUCUACCAUGUCAUGUACAUCGGCACUGAGUAUGGCACCAUCCUGAAGGUUCUCUCCACAACCAACAGAAGCCUUCAAGGCUGCUACCUGGAGGAGCUCCGGAUCCUCCCUGACGGACAAAUCCGGCCAAUCAAGAGCCUGAAAAUUCUCCAGAGUGACAGGUCCUUGUUCGUGGGACUCGAUGACAGAUUGGUGAAGAUCCCAUUAGAGCGAUGCUCCAACUAUCCAAACGAACGCUCCUGCAUGGAAGCCAGGGAUCCUUACUGCGGCUGGGAUCUCAAACAGAAGCGUUGCACCACCAUCGAGGAGAGCUCCAACAUGAACCAGUGGAUCCAAAACAUCACAGAGUGCCCAGUGAGGAACUUAACGCAGGAUGGAGCUUUCGGUCCCUGGGCACCGUGGCAGCCUUGUAACCACGAUGACGGCGAGGGCUCCAUCAGCAGCUGCGCAUGUCGGUCCCGCUCAUGUGACGGACCGGUGGCCCGAUGUGGUGGCGUCGAAUGCAAGGGUCCCACCAUUCAGGUGGCAAACUGUUCCAGGAAUGGCGGCUGGACUCCCUGGUCUUCAUGGGGCCAGUGCAGCAGCAGCUGCGGCAUCGGCUUCGAAGUGAGGCAGCGCUCCUGCAACAACCCCUCGCCUCGCCAUGGUGGUCGAAUCUGUGUCGGCCAGGGUCGAGAGGAGAGGCUGUGCAAUGAGAAAAGGCCAUGUCCCCUUCCAGUGGCGUGGACAGCGUGGAGCCCCUGGGCUCACUGCAGUGCCGAAUGUGGAGGUGGGGUCCACUCCAGGACCAGAACCUGUGAGAAUGGAAACACGUGUCCUGGAUGUGCCACGGAGUUUAAGGUCUGUAACCUGGAGGCUUGCCCUGAGGUCCGCCGCAACACCCCCUGGACUCCCUGGAUGCCGGUGAAUGUCAGUCAGAACGGGUCCCGGCAGGAGCAGAGGUUCAGGUACACCUGCCGGGCUCUGCUGCCCGACCCGCAGCAGCUGCAGCUAGGCAAGAAGAAGGCGGAGACCCGGUUCUGUCCCAGUGACGGGUCUGGAGCCUGUCAGACUGACUCUCUGGUUGAAGACUUGGUGAAGACCACUGGCCGCACUCUGUCCCAGCCCCAAGAUGCCCGCUGGGGAUCCUGGGAAACGUGGUCCGGUUGUUCACAGCAGUGUUCCAGAGGCUUCCGAACCCGCAAACGUAUGUGCUCGACGGCAGAGGGCAGGACCAACCCGAGCUCCUGUGUGGGAUCCCCGGUGGAGUAUCAGGACUGCAACACUCAGCCCUGCCCAGUGAGUGGAGCUUGGUCUUGCUGGUCCUCCUGGUCCCAGUGCUCGUCCAGCUGUGGAGGUGGACACUACCAGCGGACUCGGCAGUGCAGCAGCCCGCCACCUGCUAACGGAGGGGACAUCUGUAUAGGCCUGCACACUGAAGAGGCUCUCUGCAACACACAUACUUGUGAAGGUUGGGGCGAGUGGACAGAGUGGGGGGAGUGCGACGAGGAGGGUCUGCAGCAUCGCAAUCGUCGCUGCAGUGAGGACGUGGUGGCUGAGGCCGGACUCUGCCAGGGCAACGUCACCCAGUCCAGGCCGUGUCGGCCGCAUGAGGUGCCAGUCGUUCUACCCGGACAGGACGACCACAGCUGUGGAACCUUCACCUUGUUCCAGCUGCUUGCUGUGGGCUCAGCUAGUUUCUUUGCAGCAGCGUUACUCUCAGCGCUGGCCUACACGUACCACCACUCCCUGAACCGGCCGUCAGCAGAGUCAGCGGUGAUCCAUCCCAGCACGCCCAACCACCUCACCUACAACAAGCAGGACAACAGCACGCCAAAGAAUGAGAAGUACAUCCCCAUGGAGUUUAAGACACUAAACAAGAACAAUCUCCACGUGAAUGACGAGACGUGCAACCACUUCCCCUCCCCGCUGGCCUCCAGCAACAUGUUCGCCACCACCUACUAUCCUCCCAGUCUGGGCAAGUAUGACUUCCAUCCAGACUCCCCCUGCAGGACCUACAUGCACAGCUGAGAGAAAACAACCCUCUUCAGCAGCCUGAAGGAUUUCAAAGUCCGGAAGUCAACACCAAAAUCAUCAUCAUCAGGUUCCAGAGAUCUUAAAUACUUCUGUAAGUCUGUGUGAUCCACAGACGUCACUGUACACAGGUACUAUUUCUUUAGCAGGGAGUCGUUUAAAUUUAGAAAUUCAGAUGAAACUCCUUCUCAGUGUGUGAAGGUGAAAGCAGAAAUCUGACAGUACGAGCUAAUUCAGAGCACAACACUGUAAAUCAAUGGUUAAUGAGUCAAAGGAAUAGUUUGACGUUUUGGGAAAUACACCUUUCUUCUUCUGAAUGUUAGAUUUAAGUUUCAUUUCUGAACAGUGGGUGGAAGUGGAGACGCGUCGUCCAUCUUUAUAUAAAGUCUUUGGUCUUUACACAGAGAACAAGUUGUGGUUUUAAGCGGAGAUAGGUGUUUUAACUUCUUUUUUCAGAGGCCAAAAACCUGUGUGAACCACCUGUAACUGGUAGAAGAAUCUACCGCCUGAUGAGCUGGUCAGACGCUCAAAGCAGUAACAACACGUAUCUUCCCUGAAACCAUGAAUCUUCUCUAUUACGCUUCAGUUUGUGUUUGAUUUAAACCAACAGGAUGCAGUUUUGAAUGUGUUGCCAGGCGCGUUAUUGACUGCAGCUCCGUACUUAAGGCACAGGCAUGAGAUCGAUAUUGAUGUUUGCAUUUCGCUCCCUGGGAGAAAGCACAUGGACAUAUUACCCCAAUGAUCCACUAUAACAGUUUAUAACCAGCGCCCCUUCCAUCUACUCAAGGAGGAGCCAUGUUUGAUUUAAACAACCACCUGCAACUGAAACCUAACUCUCACUUCACCCCCCCUGACGUGCUCCACUUGUGCUCAGGACAGUUUGAAAGCUUGAUAAAACCCCCCCCCAAGAUCCAGGGCUUCAACAAAGCUCCACACAUUACAUGUAGCUGGAUUCCUUCUGGACCGAGACAACACUCAUCUGCUGCUAAUGUGUUAUUGUCAGCUGAGUUCAGAGGACUUACUAAUCCUGUAUAGGGACUUUACAGGCAGCUUGGUCGCUCGUUAAAGUGUCGGCUGCCUUCAGCAAAGACUGAGAAACAAAAAUAUCCCCUCACUUCAUCUUCACUGUGAGUGAACGGAGAGAAGAAAUGAACGGAGACUUGCAGAUUUCUGCCUCAUUUGCUUUAAUUUUCACGUUUUUCCGAGUUCACAGUGGAAAACACUGACGAGGACGUUUUCAUCGCUGGCGCCUGCUGACUUUUCUGUUAUUUCCACAGAUGUAUUUGUGUCCUGAAACAACUUGAUGGAUUUUAUUCGUCACACAGGGACAGUUUCACCCCUGUUUUCUGGAUGUUUAUGCGUUAAGGUUAUUUCUCAACAAUCACCAAAUACAACACAGCCGUACUUGAACAUUCCACAGCAUGAACACAACCUAAACGAGCCACACACAGGUAACUUUGUCAUAAGUAACAAUACAAUAUAUUAAACUGUGAUGGAACUUUGAGAUCGAUGUUUGAUGUAAAGAGAGCAAGGUGAAAGUUAUUUUAAUGGACUAUAACUAUGUUUUUCUCACUUAAUAGAGAGCAAAUUUUGGAGAGAGCCUCGAACAAAAAGAAACACUUUAUACAUGUUGAUAUUCGUGUAUAUGUUGAAUAUACAUACCUAAAAAAAACUGGAGUUAAUUAACUAUAAGUGUUCCUGUUGGGCAAUUUUUUCCCCAUAAAUAUAACCAAAUUAAGUUUGCAAGACAUUAUUCAGACAUACAAUAAAGAAUAAAACAAUAGAUAAACAAUAAAAUAAACAAUUUGCUUAAGUUGUGCUGCAGAAAAAGCCCCAAAAAGUCAACUACUAAAGCUACAAUAUGUAAAUGUUAGAUUUAAGACUUACACUGACUCUACACUCACGAAUACGACAGGAUCUUGCUGAGCUUGUCAAACUAAACUUCUCCAGGAUAAUAUCUGACUUUAAAUUCAGAAGAGAAUCUACAUUAUAUGGGUUUUAAAUCCUUUUCAACACGUUCAGACAGUCACCAUCUCGGCUCCUGGUCUGUUCCAUGAGAGUAUUGCUGAUAUUUAAGUUGAUCCUGUGCUGUGAAAUGUAUAUAAUUACAUUCAGUAUCUUGUGUUUCUGAAAUGUAAAUGAAUGCAGGUGUUUUUCACCGUUUGCAGUUUUAUGUAGCAUGAAACAAACGUCCCUGACAACGUGUGUGUUCACGUUUGGGUGCCUGCAAGGAACUGCAUGUACCGAGGAAUAUACGACAUGUUUGUGUACAGACAACCUGUUUUGUUUUUUUUAAGUUGUGUAUUGUAUUUAAAGGUCUUAACAGCUGAAUCCUCAUUGGACACAAUAUAUCCUCACAACUUGUCAGUGAAUCCCCUCGAACAAAAACACUUCUGCUGAAUAUGACUAAAAACUGCCUUUUGGACACUGUGAACUUUUGUUACUCUAUAUUUUUUAUAAUGUACACUGUAAGAAAUAUCAAAAGUUGAAUAAAUCAGUUUUGGUGCCAGUA